AUGGAGAUCUUCAGUAACUUGACUUCUACAUUUCCAACUUUCUUGUUGACCGGCAUUCCUGGCCUGGAGUCUGUCCAUGCCUGGAUCUCCAUUCCCUUCUGCUGUCUUUAUGCCAUUGCCCUCUCUGGGAACAGCAUGAUCCUGUUUGUCAUCAUCACCCAGCACAGUCUCCAUGAGCCCAUGUACUAUUUCCUCUCCAUGCUGUCAGCUGCUGACUUGGGCUUGACUAUUUCUACAAUGUCAACGACAUUAGCUAUCUUCUGGUUUAAUGCAAGAGAAAUCAGUCUAGAUAGCUGCAUUAUCCAGAUGUUUUUUCUUCAUGGAUUUACUUUCAUAGAAUCUGGGGUGCUGGUGGCCAUGGCCUUUGACCGCUUUGUGGCAAUCUGUAACCCUCUAAGGUACACUGCUAUUCUCACUAAUUCCAGAAUUAUUCAGAUGGGUCUCUUAAUCAUUUUACGCACUGUAAUAUUAAUAGUGCCACUACUCUUACUCCUUAAGCCCCUCUCCUUCUGUAAAGUAAAUGUCCUUUCCCAUUCUUACUGUUACCAUCCAGAUUUAAUUAAAUUAGCAUGUUCAGAUACUUGGGCCAACAACAUCUGUGGAUUAAUUGGUCUCAUUCUGACCACAGGAGUGGAUACACCAUGCAUUGUCCUGUCUUAUAUCUUGAUCAUUCGCUCUGUGCUCAGUAUGGCCUCCCCCAAAGAACGGCACAAGGUCUUUAGUACUUGUGUCUCUCACGUUGGGGCGGUUGCCAUUUUCUACAUCCCCAUGAUUAGCUUGUCCUUGGUGCAUCGCUAUGGCCGAUCAGCCCCCAAAGUGGUCCAUUCAAUGAUGGCCAAUAUAUACUUGCUUUUGCCCCCUGUGCUCAACCCUGUCAUCUAUAGUGUGAAAACAAAACAGAUUCGCAAGGCUAUACUUAGUCUUCUUACAAAAUAA